CUUCGGACAGAGCUUUUUCCAUGUGGAGGCUCUUUCAAUGGACGUGUCUCCGCGUGCUUCCUAGACGGACUGCGGGCUCCUAAAGGUCGACCAUGGUGGCCGGGACCCGCUGUCUUCUAGCGUUGCUGCUUCCCCAGGUCCUCCUGGGCGGCGCGGCCGGCCUGAUUCCCGAGCUGGGCCGCAGGAAGUUCGCUGCGUCGUCGGGCCGCGCCUCGUCCCAGCCCUCGGACGACAUCCUGAGCGAGUUCGAGUUGCGGCUGCUCAGCAUGUUCGGCCUGAAGCAGAGACCCACCCCGAGCAGGGACGCCGUGGUGCCCCCUUACAUGCUGGACCUGUACCGCCGGCACUCGGGCCAGCCUGGCGCGCCUGUCCCGGACCAGCGGCUGGAGAGGGCGGCCAGCCGCGCCAACACGGUGCGCAGCUUCCACCACGAAGAAUCUUUGGAAGAACUGCCAGAAAUCAGUGGGAAAACGACCCGGCGAUUCUUCUUUAAUUUAAGUUCAAUCCCCACCGAAGAGUUUAUCACCUCAGCAGAACUUCAGGUCUUUCGGGAACAAAUGCAGGAAGCUUUGGGAGACAAUACCAGUUUCCACCACCGAAUUAAUAUUUAUGAAAUUAUAAAACCUGCAACGUCCAAUUCACCCUUCCCUGUGACCAGACUCUUGGACACCAGGUUGGUGAAUGAGAACACGAGCCGGUGGGAAAGUUUCGAUGUCACCCCCGCUGUGAUGCGGUGGACCGCGCAGGGCCACACCAACCACGGGUUUGUGGUGGAAGUGGCCCAUUUAGAGGAAAAGCACGAUGUCUCAAAGAGGCACGUGAGGAUUAGCAGGUCUUUGCACCAGGACGAACACAACUGGUCACAGAUACGGCCCUUGCUAGUGACGUUCGGCCAUGAUGGAAAAGGGCAUCCUCUGCACAGAAGGGAGAAGCGUCAAGUGAAACACAAGCAGAGAAAACGCCUUAAGUCCAGCUGCAAGAGACAGCCUUUGUAUGUGGACUUCAGUGACGUGGGGUGGAAUGACUGGAUUGUGGCCCCUCCGGGGUAUCAUGCCUUCUACUGCCAGGGGGAGUGCCCUUUCCCCCUGGCGGAUCACCUCAACUCCACUAAUCACGCCAUUGUGCAGACUUUGGUCAACUCUGUGAACUCUAAGAUCCCCAAGGCAUGCUGUGUACCCACGGACCUCAGUGCUAUCUCCAUGCUGUACCUUGAUGAGAAUGAAAAGGUCGUGUUAAAGAACUAUCAGGACAUGGUUGUGGAGGGUUGUGGGUGUCGUUAGCACAGCAGAAUAAAAUAAAUAAAUA